CAACCAUCUUCACAACUCACAAACACCUCCAAGUCAAUGUUCCACAACUAGCUAGCUAGACUAACUUCGAACGCUUCCUCUUCCAUCCAUCAUCGAUCCGCAACCAUGGCACCGUCCAGCAGAACCAGGCACAAUAAGAAUAGGAACAAUAAGAAGAACAAUAAUACCAAAAAGCGCAAACAGAGCCACGAAAAGCUAGGCGCUGCGGCGGCUCCGACCAAAAAAGGCCGCGUCAAGGAAAUUGUCUUUGAUCCCGAGGCUCGUCGCGACUAUCUGCGUGGGUUUUCGGCUCGCAAAAAGCAACGUCGAGCGUACGGGUUGGCAAUGCAAAAGGUCAAGGAUCGAAAAGCCAAAUUGGAGUCGAGAAAAGAAUUGAAAGAGGCACAAUUGGAGCAAGUGGAAGAAGCGGAACGGCUGAAGGAACAGGCGCAAGAAGCGUUUCUGGAAAAUAACAGUAGUAUCAAUCCAAGUAGUGACAACAAGAAGGAACAAGAAGAUGAUGAUGAAAGUGACAGUGGCGACAGUGACAGCGAACAACAAAAAGAAGAAGCGGAUCAGGAUGAUGAGAAUGGCGCUGCUACCAAAAAGACAGAAUCUUCAGAGGAGAUAAAGAAGAAAACCACACAUUAUCACGAUCAAGCCACACAGGCACAAUGGGGCGGCGAUGUGGUCGUUACGACUUCCGUGGCACUGCCCGAUGACGAUGACAGCGACAAGGAACAAGAACCCCAAAAGCCACGCAAACGACAAAAAACUCGUGACGAACAACAAGAGUACGCUGGAAAUGUCGAAAAGUUCCUGACCAAGCUCAAGGGAAACAUGCCUGGCAAAAAGAACAAAACACAACAAAACCAAAAACGAGGAGGAAAACAUGGAGCCGCUGGAAUGAAGGGAAUUGGGUCGGCCAAGGAAAUGAAAAUGGCUCAAAAGGUAUUGGCAAAGUCGUCGAAUAAGGGAGGUAACAGCAAAAAGGGACGCAAAGCAGGGGGCAAAAGAUAGUUUUCCACGAAUCUAUCGGCUGCUGGAAAAGUACAUUGUAUGCUGCCUUGUAUGUACACUGAUGCUCACUGAUGCUCUGAAGGGGCUUCAUGGAAUAAGAUUGUGAUGGUCCACAACAUGCUAUGUCUCAAAAUCACUUGUGGAAAUCACUUGUGGAA